CGGACGCUGUGCUUGACAGGUCUCCUGAAGGGGUAUCAUCAUGGCGCGCGCUGCCCUUCUCGUCCUGCCGCUCCUCGCGGCUCUGUGCAUCGCAGAACCCGCCGUCUACUUCAAGGAAGAGUUCACUGACGGAGAUGGCUGGACGCAGCGCUGGGUAGAAUCAAAGCACAAAACUGACUAUGGAAAGUUCAAGUUAAGUGCCGGGAAGUUCUACGGAGACUCCGAGAAGGACAAAGGUCUCCAGACAAGCCAGGACGCCCGCUUCUAUGCCAUGUCUUCUCGCUUUGACUCCUUCUCCAACAAAGAUCAGACCCUGGUCGUUCAGUUUUCAGUGAAGCACGAGCAGAACAUCGACUGUGGCGGUGGAUACGUGAAGCUUUUCCCUGCAGCCCUGGAACAGACUGAAAUGCACGGAGAAUCCGAGUACAACAUCAUGUUCGGCCCUGACAUCUGCGGCCCCCCCACAAAGAAGGUGCAUGUUAUCUUCCAGUACAAGAAGAAGAACCUUCAGAUCAACAAGGAUAUCCGCUGCAAGGAUGAUUCUUUCACCCACUUGUACACCUUGAUUGUGCGGCCAGACAACACGUAUGAAGUGAAGAUCGACAACAGCAAGGUGGAAUCUGGCAGCCUGGAAGAUGACUGGGAUUUCCUGCCCCCCAAGAAGAUUAAGGACCCCGAGGCCAAGAAGCCGGAUGAGUGGGACGAGCGCCCCAAGAUCGAUGACCCAGAAGACAAAAAGCCAGAGGAUUGGGAAAAACCUGAACACAUUCCAGACCCCGAUGCUGUGAAGCCUGAAGACUGGGAUGAGGAGAUGGAUGGCGAGUGGGAGCCCCCUGUUAUACAGAACCCAGAGUACAAGGGAGAAUGGAAACCCCGUCAGAUUGAUAACCCAGAUUACAAAGGAAAGUGGAUCCAUCCAGAGAUUGAUAACCCAGAAUACACCCCUGAUGAUACUCUGUACAGCUAUGACAGCUUCGGAGUGCUCGGCCUGGACUUGUGGCAGGUGAAAUCUGGCACCAUUUUUGACAACUUCCUGAUGACCAACGAUGAGAAACAUGCAGAAGAAUAUGGAAACGAAACCUGGGGGGUUACAAAGGAAGCAGAAAAGAAAAUGAAGGAACAGCAGGAUGAGGAGGAUCGCAAGAAACAGGAAGAAGAAGAGAAGACGAGGAAGGAGGAAGAGCCACAGGAAGAGGAAGAUGAGGACGAUGAUGAUGAGGAGGAAAAAGAGGAAGAGAAGGAAGAAGAAGAGGAGGAAGAUGAAGAAGAAACACCUCUUAAAGAUGAGCUUUAAAACCAUGGCAGCUUGUAGCUGUCGCCCCAAUCUGGCGCUCUCCCCUUCCCUGGGCUUUCAUAUCUUAGAUAGGAGAGGGGAAAUGGGAUCUUUCUGUCUCUAUGAGACUCAAAUUUAUAUAUAUUUUUUACGGUUUUUGUUUUAACCCUUUAUAGGAAGAUGGGCAGUCAAAUCGCCCGUCCCCUUUCCCCCCAUCUCCUCUCUCCUCCACCUUUUGGUCUGUCCCAUCAAGUCUCCGAUCUCGUCUCAUGAUCCUUUUCCUCAGUUCCACCACUGCAGUAAUUCUUUUGCCUUCCUCAAUCGGGAAAGAUCCCUUGUGCUGAAAGCCACGCCCAUAGAUCUGGUCUGGCCAGUUAAAAUUCAUGUCCGAUUGUCCAAGUACUAUCUGGAAAUAGCAAGGUUCUGGCUAGCCAAUUACGUUUUAAGGUUCCUCCUGUAAUGCAGUAUCAAACAAAUCAGUGUUCAUCUUUUAAAAGAAAUAAAUAAAUGAUUAAAAUGUGGCCACUCAUGUGUUAAGAGCCCAGCAAGUCUUCUCUGUGUGGCGUUGGUUGCCUGGUGAGGAAGUGUUGGUUUUAAUAGUUGCUCUGGGGGCGGCGGCGUCUGUCGUUCUGGGGGCGGCGGCGUCUGUCGCUCUGGGGGCGGCUUGGGUGAAACGGGUGUAUUACUUUUUAUUUUGAGAUUGCUUACAGUGGUAAAUCCAAGCCUGCAGACGCAGAAGUACCACUCCCAGCUCUUUGGUUAGUACAACAAUAGCCAAUGGCUCACAGGCUUGAUAUCUUCCUUAUAGUGUUUGAUUACUUUGCUAAACCUGCAGGUUAUUACACAGAACAGCCGCGGCCCCUCAAUCUGCAUUUCAGACAAGUGUUAUUCUGCCAGUGUUCCCUUUUAGUGUUGAGGGGGGUUCAUUCCUUUUAUAAAGACCACUGUCCUCCAAUCCCAGUUUGAUUUACGCCUCUAAUUUAUAUUGUGGCAGGGCUCAUCACUGGAGCCUCAAUGGCUUUUGUUUUGGAAUGUACAGAUGUUAAAUUUCUAAUUAAAUAUGUUCGUGUCCA